AACAUACCAUUCCACACUUGCAUCGCAUCUCAAGUCUUAUCAUCAUCCUCUCCACGGAUACAAAUACAAUACCAACUACCAAGAGAAAUAAGAAUCAACUCUAGCUUAGAGAUUAACCGAAGAUGGAAACCAGUGUGACAUAUGAGAAUGAUCUCAACCUCAAGGCAACAGAACUUAGAUUGGGUCUGCCAGGAACUGAGGAGGAAAAAUCACUGCCUGCAGCUGUUAGAACCAACAAAAGGCCUUUGAAUGAACCUUCUUCUGAUCAAGACUGUGCUUCAAAGGGAUCUGAUGCAGCCCCUCCUCCCAAGGCAAAGAUAGUGGGGUGGCCACCAAUAAGAUCUUACAGGAAAAACAGCCUUCAGGAGAAUGAAGGUGCAGGUAUUUAUGUGAAAGUGAGCAUGGAUGGAGCACCUUACCUCAGAAAAAUUGACUUGAGGGUUUAUGGAGCCUACACACAACUCCUCAAAGCUCUAGAAAACAUGUUCAAGUUGACCAUAGGUGAAUACUCUGAAAAAGAAGGUUACAAGGGAUCUGAGUAUGCACCUACAUAUGAAGACAAAGACGGUGACUGGAUGUUAGUUGGAGAUGUUCCAUGGGACAUGUUUGUCACUUCUUGCAAAAGGCUAAGAAUCAUGAAAGGGUCUGAGGCAAGGGGUUUGGCUUCUGGUGUAUGAAAAACCACUCAAAUUAACAAGUGUUUUGGGGUGAAGUGAAGGGAAAACAUGCUUUCAGCUUGUGUUCUCGGAUCUAAAGGCUUUUGACUUUUCAAUCACUGUAGUGUAUGCUAGCUGUGUUGGCAUACCUUUAUACUCUCGAGUGAGAGAUGGAAGAUAUGGUGGACUUUCUUCCUCAAGUUUGGCAACAUUUCUGGUUGGUUAUUUUGGCAUCUGUGGUGAGAUGCUAUGCUAUGGUAGCUGUUGUUUCCACUGAUCCUUUUUUAAGUUUCACAUGAGAAAUCUCAGAGAUUUCAAAUGAAACUUUUGUGUAAAAGAGAGAUAGAAAGAAGUGAUAUGUAAUAUUGUUUCAUCUAAGUUUUUUUGGUUUCUUGUUGAUACAAGAAUACAGUGUAAUAUACCAAGUGUUCCUAUGUGCCUGUGUUAUUGAAUGAAAUGAACCCAAAAUUAAGUAUUA